AUGGAGAGUUGCAGUGCUGAGGAGGGAUUCUUCGAUACUAGGGAAGAGGUCUCUUCCAUCUCCGAUUGGGCUUCCGAUUCCGACGGCAACGGUGUUUUCGCUAAUUCUCAGUUCGAGAUUUGGGCUGAAGCUCGGGAGUCGUUUGAAGAUGGUGCUUCGGAGGUGGAUUUCAUGUACAAGAUUAGGAACUUAGACGACGGAAGGGAGUUUGUCUUCGAAGAACUGGAUCAAGAUUGUAUUCUGGUUCGAUGGAUGGGACAAUCAAGAGGGGAGAGCUGUCAAUUCCUACACUCAUGGUGCCGUGGAGAUGGAUUUUCAAUGCUAGCAAGACUAGUUGAAGAAGAGCAUGACGGUGAAAAGAAGUCUAUUUCUGGGAUUGGGUACCCUGCAGGAUCUGACAAGCUAUAUUCAGCAACCAGUGGUGGAGUGGUACGUGCUUGGGAUUGCCAUACUGGUUUGCUUGCCGGGACUGCGAAUGUUAGUGACUACAAGAUCGGAUGUUUGAUCAGCGAUGGAGAUUGGGUGUUUGUUGGUUACCCCAAUGGUGUCAAAGCAUGGAACUUUAAAUUAGGGGUUUAUCAUGACCUCACAAGUUCAAAUGGUCAAGUCAAUGCCUUGGAGUUUGGGUUGGAUGCCUUGUAUGCUGGAGCUGAAGAUGGUGCAAUUUUUGUUUGGAAAGGAUUUGCUGAUCAGCAGGCCGAUCCCCAAUUUCAGCAGCCUGCUACUUCCCUAAAAGGCCAUGGAAGUGCAGUUACUUGCCUCAGAGCUAGCAUAAAUGGUGAUUUGUAUAGAAGAUUGUAUUCUGGUUCGAUGGAUGGGACAAUCAAGGUCAAGUUCUGGGGUUGCUCUGAAGAUGACAGUGAUGAUAUAAGCCUUUUGUACACACAUGAAGAGGAAAGUGUUGCAGUUGCUCUUGGUGGGAUGAAUGAUUCCGAAGGAAAACCAGUCUUGUUCUGUUCGUGGAGCAACUGUAGUGUUGGGUUAUACGAGUUGCCAACACUCGAAGAGCGUGGAAGGAUUUACUCACAGAAGGAAGUAAGAGCAAUUCGAAGUGGGCCUGACGGUUUGUUUUUCACAGGGGACGCAAAUGGUGUCGUCAGCGUCUGGAAGUGGGCCAAAGCUGAUGCUGCUUGA